UCCAAUAAUCAUCAGUGUACUAAUUUUUUUUUUUUGUGAAAACAUAUUAUUUUCAAACAUCACGUUUGUAAAAGUGUAUAAAUAUACCUACAGGAUAAGACACAUUCAAAAUGGCUACAAAGUUGAUAAUGUUUGCCGUUAUGUUCGGGCACUUGGCCUUUGCUUACCCACCCAUUGAGUACAAAAGUUACGACGCCGACCUUCACUACGACCACGCUGCACCCAAGCCAUAUCAUUUCGAGUACGGUGUGAAAGAUCUUCACACGCAUGACAUCAAGAGUCAGCACGAGUCGAGUGACGGUCACGGUAACGUCAAAGGAUCGUACAGUCUCGUGGAACCCGACGGCUCCACCCGCGUGGUCGAGUACACCGCUGACCACGAACACGGUUUCAACGCUGUUGUCAAAAAAAUCGACGCACCCCAUUACCAAGGCGACUACUCUGCACACACAACGGACUACCAUCAACAACAUCACGAGUUACUUCAUCCGUACGAUCAUUCGUCGUACGACAAGUUUUACUGAAUUUAAAAAAAAGGACGCCGAUUAUACAAAGGGAAAUGUGUUACCAAACAGGCAACAGCUAGUCAUGCUACAGAUUAAAUGCUAUAUGCAUGUCGAGUACAUUUUUUUUUAUAGAAUAAAACAUUCGCCAUUGUUAUAAUAUAAAA